AUGGUCCCUCUGAUGGCUCACCACGCGCUUCCUAUCCUAACAAGGUUGCCAUAUCUCUGCAAGGGCCACAGAAUUAUGGGCCUCAGGUCGAUUACGCCGGUCUUGAGUCGUACGGCGCCAGCAUUGGUAUGGGCUCGCGACACGGCAGUUUUGCUGGGCUCCGCGGUGGGGAAAGCCUUUACCGAGGCCCCAUUGGCACUGUCCCUGUUAUGA